UGGUUAUUUGCGUUAUUUGUCAUAACUAUUCUCUAAUUACUAGUCUUAUAAAAUAAGUACCUACUAGAUGUUUCCCGGACAGCUAUCCCAUGGGAAUUUUGAGAUAAAAUAUAGCCUAUAGCAAUCUCGGUUAAUGUACCUUUCUAUGGUGAAAUAAUUUUUUAAAUUGGUUCGGUAGUUUCGGAGUUUACCCGCCUCAAACAUACAAACGCUUACCUCUUUAGAAUAAUAGUAUAGAUAAAAUUAAAUUUGUGGUAUAUAAAAGGACCAAUAAAUCUAAAAUUUAGAUUAACCGAGAAAGGCUCGUAAGUGACAAGACUUGUGUUGAAAUGCCGGACGCAGUAGCAGCCUGUCGAGUCUGUCUGGCGGUGGACGUGCGGUUGUUAACAAUCGCCGGCGCGCUCCAGCUGGUGUAUGAGAAGAUCACCAGCAAUGCACUGCACAGUGAGGGGAAGCCCGUGGCGGCGUGUUAUAUCUGCUACGCUCAGCUCGACAAGUGCCGCAAGUUGAUGCUGACUUGUGCAUUAGCAGAGAAUGUGCUGAAUGAUAUGUUGCACAGACACGCUGAGAUAACUACAGAAGCAAUAUCCCUGAUUGACCGCAAGGCUCAUGGGCUGUGUGGGUCACUGAAGUACUUUGGAGUUGUGCGCCAUAAUUGUGCUUUACCGACCCCCACAGAGAUUAAAACUGAGCCGGAGUCUGAUGUAGCCACUACUAAGCUAGAAAGGAUCAAAGAGGAACCACAGGAAGAUCCUCCGCAGCCAGAUUACAUGUGUGAUACGGAAUGCAACUCGGAGGAUAAAAAAGACCCCCUUGUUGUGCCACAGCCAUGCGAUACAGAGAUGAACACCACAGAGCAGAGGAUGCGAGGGGGAGAUUCGACGCAGACGUCGGUAGCUGGCAAACGGAGACAAGCUAAAGGAAGGACAGCCAACAGCAAACAGCGCAAGUCGCGACGAGAAUCUACAACUCUAACUGCUCGGGGACACCGGUGUGUUGUUUGUCAGAGGUGUUUUAAAUGUCAUUCAGCAAUGAUGAGGCAUUAUAGAACACACACUGGUGAGAAACCAUUCCAAUGUCACGUUUGCGAACGGCGAUUUAAUCAGAAGCAUUUUUUAUUGAAUCACUUGAGAAUUCAUACCGGCGAGAAACCGUUCCAAUGUGAUGUAUGCGCACGUUUGUUCAAUCGAAAGUCUGCUUUGAUACGACACUCGAGAACACACACCGGCGAGAAACCAUUUCAAUGUAAUUUUUGUGACUAUCGCUGUAAUCAAAAGUCAACAUUGUCAAGUCAUAAAAGGACGCACACAGGCGAGAAACCAUUUCAAUGUAAUAUUUGUGAUCAUCGUAGUAAAGAAAAAUAUCAGUUAUUACGUCACAUUCAAACUCACAGUGAUGAAAAAUCGUUCCAAUGUGGAUUGUGCCACCAUCGGUUCCGUCAGAAAACCUCUUUGACACGACACUUGAAAACACACACCGGCGAGAAGCCGUUUCAAUGUAAUGUUUGUGAUUAUCGCUGUAAUCAAAAGUCUACGUUGUUAAGUCAUAACAGAACACACACAGGUGAGAAACCCAAAGCAUUUGUCAAAGGACUCGACACUUGAGAUCGCACUGGUGACAAACCCAAAGGUUGAAAUUCAAAUAAUUUAUUCGGGUAUUACACCGUCAUUUUGAGACAUUUUCACGUAAAAUGUUAUUUGUGGUCGACCAAAUCAAAAGGGACAUUACGGCGGCUAGCACUUAGGUCUUUAUUAAUGUUGUUUUGUAUUGGAACAACGGCAAUAAAGACUUUAUAGUCCAAAUCAAAAGGGACCUUAUGGUCCCUUUUGAUUUGGACGACCACAUAUAGUAAUUUCUCAAAAAGCUAGAAAUUACUGGGAGUUUUGGAAUGACCGCUGCUGCGAAGUAAUGCCGACCAAUGUUCUAUUUGAUUUGUUGUAAUUUUAUUUUGUUUUUAUUAAUAAAUGGAGGGAAAAUAAACUCAUAUAUACCUAUUUUAAAUUUUUCAAACAGUACGAUAGGUACUGAACAGUGAAUGUUCAUGAGCUCUGCCAAUGAGUCUCGGAACUAGUACUUGUAUGUACUCAGAUAUCGUCUAUUGAUGAAAAACGGUGGUCAAAUUUUGACAGUCUGCGGUGCCUUUGCCUUGCCAGUUUAUCUAUAGUCUAGUGAUUACUUACGAGAUCAUUACUACAUCACUAGCUAAAAUUAAAAAAUAAAAUAAAAAUUCAUGUUAGGUACUACGUGAAUUUACCAUGGAUUUAGUAAGUACGAGUAAUUCCACGGAAUUUACUCAGUACAUAAUCAAUCAUAAUUUGAAUUAUUUAUAUAUUAAUGUAGUAAAUAAAUAUUUAUAACAUA